AUGCCUGUGCCGCUCGUAUGCCACUCUGAAGUCGACGUUCUCAUCAUUGGUGCUGGCCCUGCUGGCCUCACGUGCGCGAAUGCCCUCGCAAAUGCGAGAGUGAAUGUCCGCAUCGUCGACCAAAGGGCCUUCAAAAUAACUACUGGCUAUGGUGACGGAUUUGCACCUCGCACUGUUGAAGUUUUGCAGAGUUAUGGACUUGCAGAGCGCCUUCUAAAAGAGUCUUGCCAUAUCCAUCUAACAGCUUUCUAUAACCCUUCUUCGACCGGCGGUAUCGAACUUACUAACAAAAUAACAAAUGUGACAGCUACGUCUGCAAGAUACCCAUUUGAGCUAAAUGAGAUCGAGGCUGCGCUCCAUCAAGGAGCCAUUCAAGAUAUUUUCAUAGAUUCCAUGGCACCACUCGGCGUUGAGGUUGAUCGAUCGACGAUACCAAUUUCGAUAGAGCUCUCCAAGGAUGAAAGCGAGUUGACGGAUCCUACAUCAUAUCCAGUUCGCGUUACGCUCCAAAAACUAGACAAAUCUGAAGAUGAACCACGAGAAGAGAUUAUUCACGCUAAAUUUGUUGUCGGUGGUGAUGGCGCUCACUCAUGGACCCGCAAACAAUUCGAUAUUGCGAUGGAUGGAGAACAAUCUGAUUCCACCUGGGGUGUCGUGGACCUUACUGCUGACACUGAUCUCCCGGAUAUCAGAAAUAAGACCUAUGUACAUUCUAACCAUGGCUCACUUAUUUGCCUUCCCCGAGAAAAGGAUCGUAUUCGCAUAUAUGUACAACUGGAGGUUAAUGAUGUCAUCGAUCCAGUGACAGGCAGAGUAGCCAAGGAGAAAAUACGUCCAGAGCAAAUUCUUAAAACUGCCCAGAAGUCGCUUGAACCUUACAAGGUUAUCCAGAAGGGCGAAUUUUUGUGGUGGACGAUAUAUAGCGUUGGACAACGAGUGGCCUCACGGUUUUCCAUCGAAAAUCGAGUAUUUAUCGCUGGCGAUGCUUGCCACACUCACUCUCCAAAAGCGGGACAAGGGAUGAACGCAAGUAUCAACGACAGCCAUAAUCUAGCUUGGAAACUUUCCUUAGUUGUUCGUGGAUGGGCAGACAUGUCCCUUUUGUCAACGUAUGAAUCAGAGCGUCGUAAAUUCGCAUUAGACCUGAUUGCGUUUGAUAAAAUGUGGGCCGCCCUUGUCUGUAGCAAGCCCUUGACUGUGCCGAGCAGCAAUGGGAUUUCGCCCGAACAUUUCUUGAAGACUUACCAAACAGACUUCACCAGUGGCAUUGGGAUACAUUAUCAGCCUUCAGUUGCAGUAAACGACAGGAAUCAGGAGUUGGCCGUCGGCCUCGUCCUCGGCAAACGUGUACCUCCGCACAAACUCAUGCGGGCAGCAGACACAUGUCCAUUCGAGCUCCAGGACCUUCUUCCUUCGGACUUUCUCUUCAAGUUACUUGUUUUUACCGGCGAUUUCAGCGAUCCGCUUCAGCAAGCGAGGGUCGAGUCGAUGGUCACGGACAUGCAGAAACCUGAGAGCUUCCUGAAUCGUUACUCGACGCCUGAGAAUUCACGAUUCGAUGUCAUCACGAUCAGCAAAGGCCAGAAGUACACAUUUGAUUUCCUGCGGCUCCCUACGCUCCUUCGCUCUCAUUGGUCAAAGGUGUUUAUCGAUGACACCGAUGCCACUGGUAGCUUUGGAGGAGGAGGUUACUCGUAUUAUGGAGUGGGAUCUGAGGGGGCGCUGGUUGCUGUUCGUCCUGAUGGCUAUGUUGGAGCCAUCGCGCCACUGGAUCGCGUUGAGGAUCUUGAUGCGUAUUUUGCGUCUUUCAUGAGAAUUGCCGCUUAGGCUUAACGACAAUUCUUGUUCAAAUGCUGCUUCGCUGUUUCAACACAGUACUGGUUCCUAAGAUAUAAUUCUUCCUGUCCACAUCCUCAAACCAGACUUAUUCACGCGUGCACUCUAUGAUAUAACGCACUAUUCUUUGCUCUUUCUAGAGAUGAAUCGCCGACGCAGAGGCGAUGGCAAUUCACACCUUUGGAAGCGAGGAUCGCAUCUUAAAA